CUCAUCAUCGGUUAUAGUUAGGUAUGUGUACUUUAUAUUCGUAUAUAUUAAACAUUAUUUAAAGUUAAAAUAAUGUGUAUUGGAUAUUGAUGUACAAACAACAGUAAAUCAGUUUAGACAGUUUAUCUCUUGUUUAUAAAAUCAAUGUUUUCUUGCGGUUGUAUGUUUAACCUGGAACAUCAUUUAUCGCUUCCCUUUUUGAAGGUUACAUAGUUUUGAAGUGUGUAUUUUAAGUAAACAUCGUUAUUGAAAAAUAUAUUCAACUAAGUGGAGAUUAUAAUCAAAAUACUGGUCAUGUGACAAUCCUCGCUGGAUGCGUGAAUCCCACACCCAAUAUUCCGAAAAACUGAAUUUAUGAGCUGGAAUAAUAGGCGACAAAAUAAUUGGUCCCUUUUUCAUUGAGGGUAACUUAACUGGUCUGGCGUAUUUAGAUUUAUUCGAAAAUAGUAUUAUACCAUGAAUUGGCUCGGAUAUUUGAAAUCCAAGAAAAUGGACAGUUCGAGCAAAGAUUCUGGGCAUCAAGGUGGCAGUGCGUUUAUAAAUGAAGAGACAGAAAAAAAGAAAAUGAAUCCCAAAGAAAUCGUAAUUAGUUUUGCCAAAAAGGCUGCAUUAUUUAUCAUAGGUUAUGUAAUAUGUUACUUAAAUUUAUCAUUAACUCUACCGAUUCUGACAAUAUGUACCUUAGUUUUUUUUGAAACACAAACAUCAGGAAUUUCGAAAAAAAUCUCAAGCAAGUCCAAAGCAAGUUCGUAUACCAAGAAAGAUCUCUUAAAAGUCGUUGAUGAACUACCAUCCUGGGUAACUUUCCCAGAUAGAGAGAGAGCAGAAUGGCUUAACGAGAUCAUUGGACAAUUAUGGCCUAGUAUAUCUCUUUAUGUAAUAAAAUUGUGCAGAACCAAAUUGCAAACAAAAAUUCAAAAGAAAUUUGACGGUUUCAAAUUUGAAGAAAUUGAUUUUGGAUUUACGCCACCAAAAAUUGACGGAGUAAAAGUAUACAAUAAAAACGUCACAAAAGACUCAAUUAUUAUUGAUUUUGAUUUAUACUACGACGGGGACUGCACUAUAAAUUUUUCAGUGUCUGGAACACAAAUUGGACGAAUCAAAGAUUUUCAGGUAGGAGCAGAACUGCGAUUGGUAUUGAAACCAUUGAUGAUAAAAAUGCCUUUGAUUGGUGGAAUACAAAUCUUUUUUCUUAACACACCUGAUAUUAAUUUCGAAUUAGAAGGAAUAUCAGGUAUUCCAGGUCUUAGCUACUUCAUUCGACAAAAGAUUGAGGAAAGAAUAACAAAAAAAUUGGUAUUCCCAAAUAAAGUAACAAAAAGGUUUUCUAAGUCUGUUGAGGCUGCUGAAUUGAAAUCAUUAGAACCAGCGGGUGUUUUGAGAGUGCAUGUAUUUGAAGCUAAAGAUCUGGAAAGAAAAGAUGUUACCGGAAAAUCGGAUCCUUAUGUUGUAUUAACGGUUGGCGCUCAAGAACGAAAAACUCCUGUCAUAAAAAGGGACUUGAACCCAAAAUGGGACUACUGGUGUGAAUUUGUAAUUUUGGAUCCAGUAGGACAACAUCUACAUUUUAAAAUGUUUGAUCAAGACGAUUUAAACGAAGAUGAUUUUAUGGGAAGUGGUAUCAUUGAAAUUCACCAGGCAAUAAAAGAAGGAGAAAAUGACAAGUGGUUUAAUUUAGACAACGCAAAACAUGGAAAAAUACAUCUUAGAUUUACUUGGUUAGGUCUCUCUGCUAAUCAGGAAGACUUGCAGGCGGCAUUAAAAGAAAUUGCUUUAUUGAAAGUAGCAGAUAUAAGCUCCGCACUCCUUACCAUAUACUUAGAUACCGCACAAGAUCUUCAGAGAGUGAAGUCUAAAAAACCGGAACCCUAUGUAACGUUGACAGUGAACAAAUAUCAGCAAAAAAGUAGAGUAAAGAAACAUACCUGUGAUCCAAUGUGGGAACAAGGAUUUUCAAUAUGUGUUCCUAAUCCAGAAACUGAUUCACUUAAUUUGGCAAUAAUAGAUAAGGAGAGUGAGACAAAGCUGGGUCAAUUAACAUACCACAUUAAAGACCUUUUCCGAUGUCCAGACAUGCAGAUUAGUAAAGAAGAAUUUAAUUUAACUAAUUCUACUGGGAAAAUUGUUAUUUCCCUUCAACUUCGGAUUUUAAUGCACAAUAAGUAUGAAUGUGAUGAAAGUGAUACUGAUUCUGAAAACGAUUCAAACGAAAUUUCUCGAGAUAAUUCCGUCCGGUCAUCUUCCAGGAAAUUCAGAACAAUAACCACUUCUACCUCAGUAAAUGAUUCUACACCACCAAGAACACCCUCCCAACCACAAACACCAGUAAUAGAAAAAGAAGUUACGUUCGAAAGGCAGUCCUCUCUUCGAUCUUCUCAGAGUUCUGUGAGAAGUUCUAGUUUCAAAGUCAAGCCUGAACUGGGUCAAAUGGAAAUAAGUCUAUUUUAUAGUGCACCCAGACAAAAACUAGUUAUUACUAUUCACAGAAUAUCAAAUCUGCCACUAAAAGAUCCAAGUCAUAUACCAGAUCCCUAUGUGAAACUCAAACUCAUUGGUGUAGGAUCACAAAAACUUAAAAAUAAAACGAAGGUAAUAAUGGAUAACUGCGAUCCUGUAUAUGAAGAAACAUUCGAAUACCUUGUAUCCAAUUCUGAUCUUCCAAACAAUAAGCUAGUUUUAACAGUAAAGAGUAAGAAAAUGUUCAAUUCUUUCGUUAUGGGACAAGUGAUAAUAAAUUUGAAUAAUUUCCAAGGCCUAAAUGAACCCUUUAAAGAAUGGUAUGAGUUGUCACAUGCAGAAGAGUCAGACUAACGAUGUUUGAUAUGUACUGUUUCUUAAGUGUACUUGUAAUGUAAUGGAAUAUAUAUUAACCUAUAUAGUUUUUUAGAUACAUAUUUGAAAGAAAAUAUUUGUUACUUAGCAACUGAAUAAAAUUUCUAAAUUUUCAAUUUUUUGUAGUGAAUGGUCAAAUACUCAAAAUUGGCGACAUAUCAUAUGUGCAAAUUUAUCGAAAUAAUAAACAUAAAUGGAACAUUUGUGUUUUCUGAUGAAUGAAAUUAUUUUCAAAAUGUUCAAUAAGAACAUUCAUAUAAUUACAGUUCAGGAGAUUGUGUCUUGUUCUUUCCUUAAAUGGUGCUUCUGUUAGAUCUAGUAUCAUUUUACCGAGUUGAUACAACCCAACGAUUAUAGACACAAAGGUUUGAUCAGCUCUCCAAAUCUGUUGGCAAAAUCAUGUACAAGGUCAAAUCGAAUGUUACGUCACUAUAUGUGCUCGCAUUCCAAAAACAUGCAGAGGAAUGAAUUGGAGAAGCGGGACAAUGGAAAGAAUUAACAAAACGUGGUAUCUAAACAAGUAUUUCUGACGAUAGACGAUGAGGUGAGUCAUCGAUAAUGCGUUCCUCCUUUCUUCCGCUAGGCCAUUUUUUUAGAGCUGGUUUAUCUUGCGCAAGUUUUUAUUGCAGUGUUCGAGUGUUGACUAAGACUACAUAUCUUUGUACGUAUUCUUCGUCUGUGAUGAACGUUCUUAGUUAUUAAACAUAAUAGCUACUGGUACCAAACGUAAACAUACCACUUAUUUUACUAGGGAAAUGAUAGUGCAGUAGUUUCCCAUUAAUUUCUGCACCGCUGUACAGCGAUCGGUGAGGUGAUUGUCACCACGCUCUCUGUUUUCUACUCUGUCUGGAUAUGGUCAGUUUUGAACAACCAGCUGCCGUUGCUCAGUACUAGUUUUGGUCCGCCCUGGGUAUUUUAUUUGCCCAGUACCACCCAUACCUGGGAGGCAUUCCCCGAUCCGCCACAUGGGGAGGCGCCCGAGGGGGGAUCUAACAAUCCAUCACUGGCUCUAAUUAAUAUUAUCUUUAAACUCAGUAGUUGUUACUAUAGAUAUAAGACUAAUUACUCACACUGUAUGCUAAAAAAAAUGUAAAUGGAAAUGCUUAGAAGAAAGUUACCAAAAAUAUUUCUGAAUCAGUUAAAGAAUAGUUACGCAGUUGUUUAUGAGGAGAUUGUGACGUUUAGUUACGAUACUGAUAAACUUAUCGAUGGUCCGAAUUCUGAGAAGUAUGGGCACUAAACCCAGUCAACCAAUAUCUCAGAAUCUCAAUCAGCGUGUAAGGCAAGUAAAACAUAAUUUAGUGUAUCUUUUAACUCUAGGAACAUUCUACUUGUUUUCUGCUAUAAAGUUUCAAGCAUGCGCUUCCAUCACAACAUAUUGAACGCAUAAAUUCUAUCUGCUGCCAUGUAGCAACCUUCAAUUAAAGUAUUCGUAGUUGCAUUCGAAUAUAUACAAGAAAACCAUGAAUUUCACUCAAAUUGUUCAGGUCAUUUUUAUCAUUGACAGUUUUUUCGUUCCUAUGUAUGUGAAACCAUUUCUAGAAAUUCCCUUUUUCUUGUAUUUGAUUUCGUUUCGAGAAUUUUUAUAUAUGUUUUUUUAUUCCAUGCUUUGUUAAUACAGUUUAAUUUGUUAUAGUAUUGAUGAACCUUUAAUCUAUUUUUUAAGUUCUGAUGUGUCUGUCCUAUGUGUAUAAUAUUACUUUUUCUGUUUUUGGGUGGUUUAAGAUUUUAGUUUAGUGAAAUAUUUGUCCUUUAUGAAUUAUAUUACUAUCAUAUUUAUUGAAAUAAUUCGAUACCUGUUGGGAAAUUCCUUAUCCAUAUACAAGGUGUGCCUAUUAAAUAAUGAAA